AUGGUCUUCCGUCGUUCCCACCAGCCGGAAUCAGCCGGCUCCGACAUCUCCAGUGUCCAGAACCAUUUGGAUAUCGUGAGUAGCAUUGGCAGCUCGACUUCACCAUCACUGGACAUGAAACAACUAGAGCUAGUGUUACAAUGGAUCAAACACACACAUCGACUCUUCGCUCGCAACGAGGAAACGAGAAAGAUCUGGGAAAUGCCAGUCCUGCAAGAAGCGCUCCAAGCUCCAUUCCUGAUGCACGGGAUUCUCGCUAUCUCCGCGCUCCAUCUUUCAGUGAUUUCACAUUUAAAUGCCGACGAUAGUUACUCUGAAUGGGUAAAUACUGCAAUCGCCCACAAGAAUACCGCCUUAUCAAUGUUCUCCGAGCAACUACCUAAUAUCAGUCAAGCCAACGUGAAACCCAUGAUGAGUUUCGCAAGCCUGGCAGUCGUGUUUAGCUUUGCAACUACGCAAAAUCUUGGACCGUCUCAGCGAGAGGGACCUAGCUUGGAUGCCUUGAUAGAUAUUUUUACGUUAUCGCGUGGCGUCCAGCAAGUUGUCAGUGCAGAAGCGGAAUUUAUAUUCGCAAGCAAUUUCGGCCCGCUCUUCGACAUGAAAGCUCCAGAUACACAAAUCCCGACGGAAUUUCAAGAUGCAUUUGAGCGGCUAGAGGAGUUGAACCUAGACUAUUAUCGCCGGUCACCCGGUCAUGACAUGGUCCCUUAUCAAAAGGCUAUUGCCUUUAUGCGGCAGCUUGCGCCUUUUACCUUUGCCGAGCCGAUGUCACUGACUUUAGCUGGGGGGGUUCGCGAUCCGGGCCGCGGGUGA